GGCGGCGGCUGGUGGCGGCGGGGUCGGAGGACGGACGCGGCGAUAUGGCGGCGGCGCUGCUCGUGGUACUGGCGGCCGCGCUCCUGGGCGUCGAGGGCGUCUCUGGGGCUGCCGGCUUCCUGCGGUCGCCGCUGUCCCAGGAGCACAGGCCGGGGGACCAUGUGGAGCUGCACUGUGAGGCCGUGGGCAGCCCUGUCCCCGAGAUCCAGUGGUGGUUCGAGGGCGCCGUGCCCGACACACCCUGCACCCAGCUCUGGGAUGGCGCCCGGCAGGACCGCGUCCACAUCCACGCCACCUACCGCCAGCAUGCGGCUAGCACCCUGUCCAUUGCCGGCCUCACUGCGGACGACGUUGGCAUUUAUGAGUGUCGGGCCAGCAAUGACCCCGACCGCAACCACCUGACCCGGGCACCCCGCCUCCGCUGGGUCCGCGCCCAGGCCAGCGUGCUGGUCCGCGAACAGGGCGGUGUCUCAACCUCUGUGGAUGACUUUGGCCCCAAGACGCGCCUGAGCUGUACCCUGAACAGCAGCACCACGGCCAUUGAGGGCCACCGCUGGAUGCGGGGGGACAAGGUGCUCAAGGAGGACACGCUGCCCGACCUGACAACUGAGUUUGAGGUGGACUCGGAUGACAAGGCAGGCAAGUACCACUGCGUCUUCCUCCCCGAGGUCGCGGGCAGGGCCAGCAUUAACGUGCAGGGCCUCCCGAGAGUCAUAGCCGUGAAAAAGUCGGAGCAUGCCAAUGAGGGCGAGAACAUUGUGCUCAAGUGCAAGUCGGACUCCUUCCCGCCCGUCACCAACUGGGUCUGGUUCAAGAAGACCAACGCCGAGGAGCAGGUCAUCAUGAACGGCUCCCAGAGCAGGUUCUUGGUGAGCUCCUCGGAGACGCGGUCGGAACUGCACAUCACAAACCUGGACAUGAGCACGGACCCCGGCACGUACGUGUGCAAUGGCACCAACGCCCAGGGCACCAGCCACGCCGCCGUGACCCUGCGCGUGCGCAGCCGUCUGGCCGCCCUCUGGCCCUUCCUGGGCAUCGUGGCCGAGGUCCUCGUGCUAGUCACCAUCAUCUUCAUCUACGAGAAGCGGUGGAAGCCCGAGGAGGUCCUGGACGAUGAAGACAUGGGUUCCACGCCACUGAAGAGCAGCGCUCACCACGUGAACGACAAGGACAAGCACAUCCGUCAGAGGAACGCCAACUGAGUGCAGGCAGCCUCCAGGGAAGAGGAAGAGGGAGGGGGCCUGUCCUGCCCAUGGGUCUCGCCUCCGGAGUCAGUGUUCGCAAGAUUUCCUCACCUCCGAAGGAAACCCACCUGGGAGAGCAAAUCGUAGAUCCAAGUCUUAUCCUGAGGUUCCCCGUUUUUCCAGCUAAACUAGGGUUUUCUACAUACAGAAUUCCAUUCAGUCCUACCCUGUAAGGGGUGUUUCUCCUUUCCUUUCUCUUUUCGCGAACCCCAGGGAGUCGGUGAGGUCUGGGGUCCCCCGUCAGGCAGCCCUGGCGGUCCCCCCGUGCAGCCCCACGUGGGGGCCCCGGCCACGGUCCGGGUGUCCUGCCUGUCUGAAUGAAGCCCAUGCUGUCUGGUCACAUCUGCUCAUGAGUAUUUUAUUAAAGGGCUUUAGUCUGUGGUCUGACCCGGGGUCCCCACGGGCAGGUGGUGGGCCGGCAGGGCACCGGACCCCCUCACCCUCUCAGGGGAGCCCCAGGCCCAUGGUGUGCCAACCUCCAGUCCCACUGUCCACGCAUCUACCCCUUCAGCCUGUCUGGGUGAGCAGUGGGGGACUGCCAGGCUAGGGCCUCUCCACCUCAACCACAGCGCAGCCCUCACCCUGACCCUACCCUGACCUUGACCCCGCCCCUACCUCGACCCCGCCCUGACCCUGACCCUUGUUCACCAAUAAAGACUGA